AUGGUGAGUUCGACAACUUCCGAAGUGCAACCCACCAUGGGGGUCAAGAUCUUCUCAGCCGGCGUUUCUGCCUGCCUAGCAGACAUCAUCACCUUCCCGCUGGACACCGCCAAAGUCCGCCUUCAGAUCCAAGGUGAAGGCCAGGCUUCCAGUACCAUUAGGUAUAAAGGUGUCUUAGGGACCAUCACCACCCUGGCCAAGACAGAAGGAUUGCCGAAACUGUACAGCGGUCUGCCUGCCGGCAUCCAGAGGCAAAUCAGCUUUGCCUCUCUCAGGAUUGGCCUCUACGAUACGGUCCAAGAGUACUUCUCUUCAGGGAGAGAAACGCCUGCCUCUUUGGGAAGCAAGAUCUCGGCUGGCUUGAUGACGGGCGGCGUGGCGGUAUUCAUUGGGCAGCCCACAGAGGUGGUGAAGGUCAGAAUGCAAGCCCAGAGCCAUCUGCACGGGAUCAAACCCCGCUACACUGGGACCUACAAUGCUUACAGAGUUAUAGCCACCACAGAAAGCUUGUCAACACUGUGGAAAGGGACGACCCCUAAUCUAAUGAGAAAUGUCAUCAUCAACUGUACAGAGCUGGUGACAUAUGACCUCAUGAAGGGGGCCCUUGUGAACCACCACAUACUGGCAGAUGACGUCCCCUGCCAUUUACUGUCAGCUCUUGUCGCCGGGUUUUGCACCACACUCCUGGCCUCUCCGGUGGAUGUGGUAAAAACGAGAUUCAUCAACUCUCUACCAGGACAGUACCCAAGUGUACCCAGCUGUGCAAUGACCAUGUUCACCAAGGAAGGACCGGCAGCCUUUUUCAAAGGGUUUGCGCCUUCUUUUCUGCGACUCGGAUCCUGGAACGUCAUCAUGUUUGUGUGCUUUGAACAGCUGAAGAAAGAGCUGAUGAAGUCCCGGCAGACAGUGGACUGCACCACAUAG